GAACACGACAAAGACAGAAGAACAGUCAUCACUAUUCCCGCGUUACCCAGUCCAAACAAUCCUCCACGUGUCUCAUCUUCACGCGCCAGUCAGCGUUGAUCUUCUUCUUCUUCCUACACUUCUCACUUCCACUCCUCAUGGCUCAUCAUAACUCAUAAGUAUAUAUAUAAAUCCCCACACACACAGCCGCAAUUUCCAAAUCACACCAAACAUCUCUAUUCAUAACAGAAAUAACUACACACACAACACAACAACCUUAAACCGGAACAUAAUCCAAACCAAACCAAACCGGGUUUUGUUGCAAUGGUGAAGAAGCAAGCGAAAGCGAUCAAGGAAGAGGAAGAGAAGAGAAACACGGCGAUGCAGUCAAAGUACAAAGGAGUGAGGAAGAGGAAAUGGGGAAAAUGGGUUUCUGAGAUCAGACUCCCACACAGCCGAGAACGUAUCUGGUUAGGCUCUUACGACACCCCCGAGAAGGCUGCCCGUGCUUUCGACGCCGCUCAGUUUUGCCUCCACGGCCGCGACGCCGGUUUUAAUUUCCCUGAUAACCCACCCUCUAUCUCCGGAGGCAGAUCUUUGACCCCUCCUGAGAUCCAAGAAGCGGCUGCUCGGUUCGCCAACAACAACCAAGACAGUGUUGUCAAGGGAGAAGAAGAAGAAGAAGAAUCGGGUAUAGUACCCGGAUCCGAGAUCCGACCCGAGUCUCCUUCUACAUCUGCAUCUGUCGCUACUACUACAUCGACGGUUGACUAUGAUCUUCCGUUUUUGGAUUUGCUUCCGAUGGAUUUCGGGGUGUUUCCUGGGUUUUAUGACUUCUCCGACGACUUCGCCGGUGAUCGUUUUACAGAGAUUUUACCAAUCGAAGAUUACGGAGGAGAUAGUUUAUUAGAACAAUCUUUGCUUCUUUGGGAUUUUUGAAUUUUCCCGAACGAACCUUCUUUUAUUUUUUGGGUUUCAUCGGGUCGUCACGGAGUACUCCGGAGAUUUUUUGUAACACGGAGCUCCAAUAACCCGGGACCUUCCUUGUUUGUUUCGUUUCGGAUCCGAAAUUUGAUGUGGAUCUCAAUUUCUUCACUUUUUUUCCUUUCAUUCUUUUGUUAUUACAGAAAAAUAUAUAUAUCGGAUAAGAUUCUUCUAGUAACAAAUAUGUCCUUUCCUUUUC